AUGAGUAAUGAAAAAUUACAAUCACAUUCGCAAAGUUUAGCACAAGUAACAAAAACCCUACAAAUUGUUAAAAAUUCAUCUUUUUACGUAAAAUCAUCGAAAUUGAAAAAAUCCGAUGGUCGAAUCAUGUACGGAAGAUUAUUUAAUCAAAUACAAAAAGAACCAAUUAUUGAAGGUACUCCAAUAACGGAAAAAUUAGCCGUCGAUCUUCGUCGUAUUGUUUUUGGUUCAUCUACGAUUCCACCAAAAAGUGAAUGGCUUAAAAUGGGUUUUAAUUAUCAUAAUUCGAAUAAAGAAUUUUCAUACGGGCUUAAAAUCGUUCGUAAUACGACUUCCGGUUUAUUUUCCGUCGUUCAAGCUUAUUUAAUUAAAUAUUUUCUUUUUAAUAAGAAAAAGAAUCGAAAUGUCGUACCCGAACAAUUGUUGAAACCGGAUAAAGUGGAACAAGUAGAAGCACUUUGGACUUCUUUGUCUGAUCUUUUAUGGAUCGUUGGUGAAAAAAAAAAUUGCAAAAUUUGCCUUCCUCGGUCUCCUCCAUGUUUACAAAGUUCUUCUGAUUAUUUUUCUGAUGGUUUAACCGAACGCCUUCACAUAUUUGAUUUUACAACACUCGAAGAUUUACGAGCAUUUCUCAAACGUUACAUAUACGUUUUUUUAGAAGAAUCCGGUCCGGGAGCAUUACUGAUUCUUUACAGUGCUAUUUUAACAAGGGGUAUUUCACAAACGUCUGAAGAUAUGAAAACCGUCGGUUCUUGUUUUUUAUCCGGUGAAGAUGAGGGACUUAAUUGCAUAAUAACGUUAUUACUCACAGGAAGAGCGACUCCUUUCCUUCAUAACGGUGUCGUUUACGUUGGGGACGAAGAUCAUUACGCUAUGGCCCAAUGGGGAAUCAUGAGUAGAAGCGACAUAGGUUUUUUAUUGUAUAACGAUCGGGAUGAUUGUAAAAUAUUAAACGAAUCAAAACAGCCCGGAAGUCGACUGAAAACACCAAAUUUUCCCAUAUGGGUAACAUUCAAUUCUGGACAUUAUGGAGUUCUUUUCAACACCAAUAGUGAGCUUUUGAGAAACUAUCAUGCGGAAAGAAGAUUUGAAUUGUAUUAUUAUACGGUCGAAGGGAGUUGUUUGACAAUGUCCGUGGAUACCAGAUACAAAAAAUUUAAUAAAGAAGAAGAAAAUAAUGAUCGGGAAAAAACAGAAGAUUUUCUAUCAAUUCCUCUUUCGUCCAUAGAAAAACUUAUACAUACAAAAUGGGAAGAUGCUGCCAUUGUUUUUAAAGGAAUCACAUCACUUACGUAA